GUGGCAUUGGGCUGUUUUUAUGCUUUUUAUAGAGUAAGACAGUGUGUUAAUAGACUUAAAAACUAUGCCAAAUGAACAAUGCUUUAAGAAUACGCAAUAACCAAGGGUGGUGGGAUAACUGUACAGUUCAACGUUGUAAGUUGUAAAUAUCUUUUCUUAGACUAUACUUUUAAAUUGAUAUAACCCUUUGGGAGUGCUCCUGAAAGAGGAGGAAAUUACCAGUAACAGUAACAAAUGCCUGUACGCUGACUGAUGCCUCUCCCCUACCCGAACGGAAUAUCAUGGCGACAAGUAUUCUUUCGAGGUUGUGCAACAAGGUUCGUUUACAGUUGACGUAUACCCCAGUUUCUUGUUUGUUUUUCAAAGGAUCUGUAUCAUCACGGAACGCAUCUUGUUCAAGACUUAUAAGAGAAGCACUCAGUGAUUUCGAAGACACAGAAUUUCAACCCUUACGAAUAAGAGAAUAUGCAUUAGGUAGAAGUUUUUCAAGGGCUUAUGUUGAUACUAUACAGUAUCUGGAAGAUAAAUCCGGAAAAGUUCUUGAUAUAAUGGAAGCAAGGGAAAUAAUGAAAAAAAGUGAUGGGGUUGUCACUAAACGAGUAUCAUUCAAGUCCAUGUUUGAGGAUGGUUUCCGUUCUCUUGAACUUAACAUCGAAGGAAAGAAAUGUUCAGAUCCAAGUCUUCAGUUCGUUACGGACGCUUUCAUUGUAGGAUUCUUAGAAGAGAAAGAUUUCCAUGAGGAAUGUUUGAGAUGUAUACAUAGAAUACCAGAGACAAUAGACAGGCCUAUAGAAGAUGAAGAAUCUUAUAUUUGUACCUUGUUAGCCAAUCAUCUGUUCUCCAGGCUCACCAUUAGGCUCUCUGGAGAUCAUUAUUUCUUAACCAAUGUCCACCACGAUAAGUUUUGUGUUUGUCCUUGCAUGAAAUGUGGUGAGACGAUCAGAUAUCGAAAUACUGGAAUUGGGAGUGAAAACUUAUGGUAUGGAAGACCAGACAUUAUGGUGUUCACCAUGGAAGGAGGUUGUUGUAAUAUUAUAUUGGCAGAGGAAAGUAGUAUAGCAAAGGAUGAAGAAGAUGAAACAGAAAAUCAUAUAAUUGAAACUGAUUUUAUUUCAACAACAUUACGAAAAAAUGAAACAAUUGAGAGGGUUGUAGCUCAGACAAUUACCUAUUCAAUUUACCAGAGGGUACAGCAGCUUAAAAAAGGCAAAAACCUUCCUGAAGUUUUGUUUAUUCCUACAAUUGUGACAAGUUCUGAUUACUUUGAUAUUUAUAUGUAUGAUACACAGAAUGACAUCCUGUUAAGAAACAAAGGAGAUCCUAUUCCUCUUUGGGAUAGGCAUAAAACAAGUGCAGACGGUCAUUAUGGUGAAUCAUUAAAAUUAUCAAACAUUUUGAAAAUUUGGAUGACACUGAAUCAUUCAAUAUUACAACCAAAACUUUCAGCAGAUGAGAUACAAAGUUUAAAAGGAACAUGUGAUUUUUUAAAUCAUUUUUCUAAAGAAUGUUUAAACCAGAUUGAAAAAACUGUGUCAAUACAACAAAAUUUUUAUGGAUUUCAGGAGACAGAAUUGGAUGUCCCGAGUGUUCCAUUGAGACAAAAGUUCUUUCAAUAUAAUAAUGAAGAACAAUGACAAAGCUACACAUGUAUGUCCUUAUUAUAUUUCCAGUCACAUCAUUUAACCCUCAAUUUUUCAAUGUUAUCUUCAGUUGCUUUUUAAUGUUUAUGGUUUAAACAAUUAUUAUUUUAGGAAAAUCAUCUAAAGAUGAUGAAUAGCAUUGUGUUUAACCUUUUACCUUUACCUUUCCCCACAGGGUCAAUUUGUUAGACUUGAAUAUUUCAUACCUCGUAUAAUAUACUUGAUGUCAUUAAUUCCUUAUUCACUAUAUAUCUAAGAGAAAAGCCCCACUGCAAGGCAGAUAUGUUUAAGUCAAGUAAAGACCAUUUUAUUACUCCAUCUAGUAUGUCUACUGGAUACCUUCCUAUGUGGGGUUGUCAAUAAAAAUUUAAUAUUAUUAAUUAAGGUAUAAAAUUGGCAACAACCCUCAUGAGACAGUAGUUUCAUAAGUCUGUUUAAGUUUAAAAUUGGAAUAACAAUCAUCAUAAUUGUGGUUCACUAAAUGAUAAUGGAUGACUUUCAAGAUUCAGCUCGCAUGUCCUUAUUUUGCUGUAAAGUAUCAGCAUGUCUGCUUUUGUUUUAUCAAGUAUGAUUAAGUGAAAUAUAAACUGUUUACCUUGCCUUCAACAAAAGCCAAAAAAUGAACCUGUGGCUACAUUUUUGGUCAAAGCUGUAUAUUCAGAAGGUGGAUAAGUUAAUCCAUAUUGUUUAAAGUCAGUUACCCUGGACUGUUCAUGCUUCAAUGGCUAAUUUAGUCAGGUGUCAGACCACCAAUUAAAAAUCCCAAUCUGUUCAACCAAAUUUUGCAAUUUUCACAGCUUUCUAAAUACUUUACCUUGAGUUUAACUUCAUAGAAGACAGGUAUAUCCUGAAUUGUACAUGUAUAAGCAUUCUACAUGCCAAUUUUCACCAUACCUUUAAAGCAUUCUAACAAAUUAACUGACCUUCAAACAGAGAUACUCCAAAAAAAAACCUGGAUCACUUUUUAAUGCAAACUCAUAGACAAGUAAAUUUUGGCUCAAAAUGAUCUAGAUAUAUAUGUCUCUUUUACCAAAAGUGUCAUUUCUGCAUAUUUGUUGGUUAGUUUAAGUAAACAAGGACAUCAAAAGCACUAUUUUGUGUCAGAGUAGGGCUACUUUUACAUUCUAAAUUGGAGGGAGUAAUUGGUGGUCUGACACCAAGUCAACUGUUCCGUGAUUAAGUCAGUUUCUUAUUUACUAUAUAACAUUACCUUGACCUCAUUAUAAUGGGUAUAUAAAUAUAUAUAUUACAGCAUAUAAAAGUGAAAUCAUGGAAACCAAUAUAAAUUAAAAUCACCAGAGUAAUUUA